GGAAGUGGUCACGGUGACAACAACACAUGUAAGCAUGGCGGCUGUCAUGGCAAGGUUGUCGGUGCGCCAGUUUAGUAGUUUCAGAGGACCAGCGCUUUCAGCCAGCGUAAGCGCAAAUAUUUCUGAUAAUGUAGCUAAAUAUCCCCCCAUUCUGCCAUCACGAACGGCUAAAAGUAGAUCAGCGAAACGGCGACGUGUGGCGGAAUUCUUUGAUGCGCUCCGAAGCUACAGUGUGCAGGAUAAGCUAACUGCUCACACUAAAUUCCAGCGGAUGAAAUAUGUUGUGUAUCCUCAGACUUUUGCGUUGAAUGCCGACAGAUGGUAUCAACAUUUUACUAAAACGGCGUAUAUCAGUGGGCUUCCAGAAAAAUUCUCCUCUACAAGACCUGACAUACAGGGUGCUGCAGAGUCAGCGAGUCAUGCACCAGUUUCCCAAGUUGACAAUGCUACAUUUGAAGAGAUGCGCUCUUUCGUCUCGGAUGCCCUUCUACAGGAGAACUGUCAUGUCGGAAAGGGGAGAACCUUUCUGUAUAAGGAGCUUCGGCAGUCAGUGGACCCUUUCCUCAGAAACAUGGCCAGUGGCUUAGCGUGUAUUUUGGCCAAGCAGAGUCCCUUGCUUCAAACAUCUACUUUCGACUCCAACCCUGAAGUCAACUUCUACUGGAUGAGAGGGAAAAGGAUUAUUCCCUGCGGUCAUCGAGUGAGGAGGCCAGAGCCACUCCGAUUUCAGAUUGAGGACAGACCAAAUUCUCAGCUGAGGAUACCACAGCAACUUCCUGAAUUUCUUCCACUUGGGAGUGAGAUUGCAGUGGAGGUUCCAGUGGUGCAUCAUCUGCCGGACCGGCUUCCCUUGUUUAGGAGGCAGUAUGAGAAUAGCAUCCAUGCAGGUGCCAAGGUGGAUGACCCAUAUUGCUAUGGGCACACACAGUUCCACCUGGUGUCUGAACGCUUACGCACCGACGAUGUCAACAAACGCAAAUCUGGAGACUAUGUGGGAGUCGCACUAAGAGCAAACGCCGUUGCCAGCCUUUUCGCUUGGACAGGAGCCCAGGCAAUGUAUCAAGGUUUUUGGUGUGGGGAGGAUGUGGACAGACCUUUUGCAUCCCAGGCCGUCAUCACGGACGGUCAGCACUUCUCCUUCUUCUGCUACCAGCUCAACACUUUAGCUCUGACGGACGAAGCCGACGUCAACAACAGCCGCAAGAACCUCUGCUGGGGUACCGAGGGCCUGAAGCUCUACGACCACAUCAGCGGUAACCAGGUCGUUGGACUGAACGAUGACGUCAUACGACUGCUGGCCCAGUUUCUGUUGAAUGGAGCGUAGUCUUUCGGGGUGAGGAUGGGAACGGGAAGAUUUGGUGACAUUUGUAUGAUAAAUAAAAUGAGAAACUUUGUUCUGUAUGUAAAAGGAUUAAAUAAUAAAUCAUUGUGACAAGCUAUUUGAUAA